GAAUUGUAGCUUGCUUUUGGCGCGAGCGGGUGGUCAGUAGAAGAAGCGUGACUUGCACGGCAGUGUAUUGCAAUGAACAAGCCGAAGCCGACAAAAAUGCAGUCGGAACGUGCAAAGGGCCCACCCGAUUUCAUCAAGAACGAGAGUGGAAAUGACACUUACAAAGUUGGAGCUUUCCUCGGCAAGGGUGGUUUCGCACGAUGCUUCGAAGUGACUCACGAAAAGACGAAGAACGUCGUGGCUUGCAAGAUUGUCUCGAAGAGCCUGCUAGUCAAGAAAUAUCAGAAGGAGAAAAUGAUUCAAGAAAUCAGGAUUCACAGGAAAUUGAAGAACCCCCAUAUUGUCAAGUUCUUCGCCAGUUUUGAAGAUAGCGAUAAUGUUUAUGUCCUCCUUGAGCUAUGCAAAAGGAGGUCUCUCAUGGAGGUUCUGAAGCGACGCGGGAGGUUGACUUACCAUGAAACAAGAUUUUUCAUGCACCAGUUGUUAGAGGGAGUUUCUUACUUGCACGGAUUGCGGAUCAUCCAUCGUGAUCUUAAACUCGGGAAUCUACUCCUCACCGAGGACAUUCAAUUGCGGAUCGGCGACUUCGGCUUGGCAACCGCUCUAGACAGUGAUCACGAUCGGCGCAGAACACUGUGCGGUACCCCGAACUAUAUCGCACCGGAGAUCCUCGAAAAGUCCGGUCACUCGUAUGAGGUGGACAUCUGGUCGUGCGGUUGCAUCAUCUACACGUUGUUGGUCGGGAAGCCGCCUUUCGAGACAGAGGAUUUGCAGAAGACAUACGAGAAAAUCAAACAAGUCGACUACAAGAUCGAGAAGAAAUUCAUUCCCACUCUGGCACAUCAAAUGAUAGGAUCCAUGCUCCAAAAAAUCCCCUCCCGACGUCCAAUGGCCACCGCACUUCUCCAGCACGCUUUCUUCACUGAAUCGCCGCUGCCUCAAGCUCUGCCAGAGUCCAUCCUCACUACAGAGCCUCGUCUCGAGCCGGGUCGCCGGGUUCUCCGGGAGUUCCAAGGUUCCGACGUGACUUCUAUUGCAAACGGAAUUAAGGGCUUGGUCCAUGUCGAAGAACAGCAGGUCGCCCUGAAACAUAUCGACUCACUCGAAGAACAGCUCAAAGCACUGAUGUCGUCCAAGUUCAAAGAGACGGAUCUGCUCCCGAUGGAUCGAGACGACGCGGCCGAUCCCGCGUCCAUGCCCGUUUACUGGGUUUCGAAAUGGGUUGACUACACUGAUAAGUAUGGUCUGGGAUACCAACUGAAUGACAACUCUCUCGCUGUUCUCUUCAACGAUAACUCGAGAAUGGUUCUCAUCGGCUCCGAUCAGUCAGUUCAUUUCAUCGAUCACAAGAAUGUCGAAAGUUACCACACGAUAACGGAUUAUCCGAAAAAUCUAGAGAAGAAGGUCAUCUUGCUGAAAUACUUCAGACAAUACAUGCAACAGCAUCUAAUGACAGCCGGAGCCGACGCCCCAGCACCCCGCACGAAUGCCGUGGCUCGCUUACCGUAUUUACGCGUCUGGUUCAGAACUCAGUCGGCCAUCGUCUUGUUCCUCUCUAAUGGAACACUUCAGCUGAACUUCUUCCGGGAUCACACGAAGAUCAUCCUCUGUCCCCUCAUGGGGGCCGUUUCCUACAUCGACAAGAAUAAUAACUUUAGAACUUACUCGCUGAAAACGAUGCAUGAACGUUGCCCCUCAGAGCUGGCAGUGCGGCUGAAGUACGCGCAGAACAUCUGUGGCAAGGUCCGCGACCAUCUCCUGAAAGUUUGAGCCAAUAUCCAGUCACAAGGCCUCGAACAAGGUCGUUGAUUAUUCUACACAGGGAAUCGUUGUGUAGCGUCAUGAGAUCAUCUGCCCGACUUUUAAACCAUCUUUCGUGCUGAGAGAAUACCGCAGAGCGUAGUCUAGAAAUUGAACAGAAGAGUAGCAUCAGCGAGAGAACCUUCACUCUUAGAUUUUUAAUGGAAAGCCAAUUGUAUAAUGUCAAACUAAAAACU